UGGGGAUUUGCCAGGCGCACACUGGAGCUGCCGGAGAUCCGGAAACGCAGCCGCGAGGUCUGCGAAGCCAGCAAACACCCCAGUCACCAGUAUCCUUGAUCUGUUAGUGGCUUCCACUGGGCAGUCCCACAUAAGAAGAACGACUCACCCAGAGGUGCUGUGCUGCGGAGUGAGAGGCUACUAACACCAUGUUCUGCACAAAGCUGAAGGAUCUCAAGAUCACAGGGGAGUGCCCUUUGUCCUUACUGGCACCUGGGCAGGUUCCCAAGGAGCCAGGGGAAGAGAUAGCAGGAAGCUCAGAGAGUGGCGAAGCAACUCUGCCCAUCUGUCAGGAUGUCCCUGAGAAGAAUGUACAAAGAAGUCUUCCUCAAAGAAAGACCAGUAGGAGCCGAGUCUAUCUUCAUACGUUAGCGGAGAGUAUUUGCAAACUGAUUUUUCCCGAGUUGGAGCGGCUGAACCUUGCACUUCAGAGGACAUUGGCGAAACACAAACUAAAAGAAAGCAGGAAAUCUUUGGAAAGAGAAGACUUGGAAAAAAUAAUUACAGACCACGCAAUUGCAGCAGGAGUUCCAGUGGAGAUCAUCAAAGAAUCUCUCGGGGAAGAGCUUUUCAAAAUAUGUUACGAGGAAGAUGAACACAUCCUGGGUGUGGUUGGAGGAACCCUCAAAGAUUUUUUAAAUAGCUUCAGCACCCUUCUGAAACAGAGUGGCCACUACCAAGGAGCAGAAAAGAGAGGCGGGUUUGAGGACGCUUCCAUUCUGUGCCUGGAUAAAGAUCAGGAUUUCUUAAAUGUGUACUAUUUUUUCCCUAAGAAAACCACGUCCCUGAUUCUUCCUGGCAUCAUUAAGGCUGCUGCGCGUGUGUUGUACGAAACCGAAGUUGAAGUGUCCCUCCUGCCUCCCUGCUUCCGAAAUGAUUGCAGCGAGUUCGUCAAUCAGCCCUAUCUGUUAUACUCCCUUCACAUAAAAAGCACAAAACCAUCCCUGUCCCCGGGCAAACCCCAGUCCUCGCUGGUGAUCCCCGCUUCCCUCUUCUGUAAGACCUUUCCUUUCCAUUUCAUGUUUGACAAGGACUUGACGAUUCUGCAGUUUGGCCAUGGCAUUCGAAGGCUGAUGAACAGGAGAGACUUUCAAGGAAAGCCGAAUUUUGAAGAGUACUUUGAGAUUCUGACUCCCAGAAUCAACCAAACGUUUAGUGGAAUCAUGGCUAUGUUGAACAUGCAGUUUGUCAUCCGAGUGAGGAGGUGGGACAACUCUGUGAAGAAAUCUUCAAGGGUUAUGGACCUCAAAGGCCAAAUGAUCUACAUUGUUGAAUCCAGUGCAAUCUUGUUCUUGGGGUCACCCUGUGUGGACAGAUUAGAAGAUUUUACAGGACGAGGGCUCUACCUCUCAGACAUCCCGAUCCACAAUGCACUGAGGGACGUAGUCUUGAUAGGGGAGCAGGCCAGAGCGCAAGAUGGCCUGAAGAAGAGGCUGGGCAAGCUGAAGGCCACCCUUGAGCAAGCCCACCAAGCCCUGGAGGAGGAGAAGAAGAAGACGGUGGAUCUCCUGUGCUCCAUAUUUCCCUGCGAGGUUGCGCAGCAGCUGUGGCAAGGGCAAGUUGUGCAAGCCAAGAAGUUCAGUGACGUCACCAUGCUUUUCUCAGACAUCGUGGGGUUCACGGCCAUCUGCUCCCAGAGCUCACCGCUGCAGGUCAUCACCAUGCUCAAUGCGCUCUACACUCGCUUUGACCAGCAGUGCGGCGAGCUGGAUGUCUACAAGGUGGAGACCAUUGGCGACGCAUACUGUGUGGCUGGGGGAUUACACAAAGAAAGUGACACCCAUGCUAUUCAGAUAGCACUGAUGGCCCUGAAGAUGAUGGAGCUCUCUGAUGAAGUUAUGUCUCCCCACGGAGAACCUAUCAAGAUGCGAAUUGGACUGCACUCUGGGUCAGUUUUUGCUGGAGUCGUUGGCGUUAAAAUGCCUCGUUACUGUCUUUUUGGAAACAAUGUCACCUUGGCGAACAAAUUUGAGUCCUGCAGUGUACCACGGAAAAUCAAUGUCAGCCCAACAACGUACAGAUUACUCAAAGACUGCCCUGGUUUUGUGUUUACCCCUCGAUCAAGGGAAGAACUUCCACCAAACUUCCCCAGUGAAAUUCCUGGAAUCUGUCAUUUCCUGGAAGAUUAUCAACCAGUAACAAAUUCAAAACCAUGGUUCCAGAAGAAAGAUGUUGAAGAUGGCAAUGCCAAUUUCUUAGGCAAAGCCUCAGGAAUAGAUUAGCAAAAUAUAUAUCUGAUUAUUAAUCCUUGGGUUUUGACUCCUGUGAGCAUGGGUGGAAUCUCUAAAAGCACUUUACGAUUGCAGAUGACUAAGAACAGUAUUAAAAUUUCAGGAGCUAAGUCACGAUCUACUUUUUCUUCCACUUAACAUGACAAAAAUGUUUUUACUUCGAUACUUCAAGUCUUUAGGGGGAAAAAAAGGAAAGAAACCUCAAAAAUGGCAUUUGGGGGUUAUUUCUGUUACUAUACCCACCAUUUAUUAUCUGUACUCACAAUUCAGCACAUGUACAUCUAUCAGGUAAUUGCAGUGUCCUGACCCGCACAGCCUGAUGGAAUGACCCACAGUCUUGUGUCAUGGUGGCAUGCCAUG